UUAGAUUUCUUUUAUUUUCAGUAUUAUGCAACGCCACCACAUGUGUUUUUAACCGUUUUUCACACUGCGGAAAAUGAUCAAAAUAGACACGAUGCAGCGAUUGUUUGGGCAGAGAACGUCAAUGGGAAGUCUUACGAUGCUUGUCUUCGGGAAUUAAAAAACUUUGACGGUGUUCACAGGCACGUUAAAGUGGUGAGACAUGAAUAUCUACAGUCAUACUUUCUUGCAUUACAUUAGGGCGUUUUAAAACACGACGGCGACGGCCACGAAAACGUCACUUAAAAUUAGAAUUUGUAUUCUUUCAAUCUCUAUCGCGAUUACUGCAACUCAUUUACUUUGUCAAAUGCAAACGAACUCUUUUUGAGCCGAAUUCCUAAGAACCAUAUUCAAGUUCAGAGAGUGAAAGAAACUUCAGUCGUCGCUUGUUUACGUCCUCCAUAAAACGUGAAAUUAGGUCUUUUCCAGUCGUCGUCGUCGUGCAGUGACGGCAAAGAAAUGUACAAAAAAGCAUGAUGUACACAGUUGUUGUUGUGCCUAUUCAAUCCAUUGCCUUUUUUAUGAUCUCGUUGUCGUUGCCGUCGUGGCAUCUUAAACUCCCUCUCAACCCAUGCAAUACGGAAUCUUAGUAGCACAACGGAACGGCUUAUUUUUCCAACCCUUUUCUUACCUUACUUCCCGGGAUGAUGACUGCUUCCAAAAGCUCGAGGCCUGAGGUUUCCGACAUUUCCUGAUGAGUUGUCAUGGUCCUUGGUGCCUUUGAAAUACCAUUAUCCCUCUCUUCUGACAUUGACGAAUGUUCUAGUAGAAUAUUUCCAGCUGUGUUAUUGUUCAGUUGAUCUUCCCAUGUUCUCAUGAUUUUUAUACUUAGUUCAAUCUAUCAAAUUUAAUUUUCAGGACGUUUUAGUUUUGGCUAAAAAACCCUUUGGCUGGAAGAUUCCCCACAGUUCUGACGUCAUAUUUCCCAGAACCAACCUCUUCCCAAAAGAGAAAGGAUACAGUCACUGCAAGGUGAGUUCCACUAUGGAGAAGUGUGACCUCAGGUUACCACGGUGACAAUUUCUGGAUUUGUUAGAGACGACCAUUUACAUUGUCGAACCAUGGAAGAAAAGGAUGGGCUACUGUUUUGUUCAUGAGUGCAUUCAUGCACAGGGGAGUCAUAAAUGUCAAUUUUACGUUUUCUUCUGCCAUGAUUUGCCGGACAACGGUAUGUUGAGAUCCGGGAAUUUUGCUACCAUGGCAACUUGAUGUAACGACUUCUCCUCCCUAUCUGUCAGUCUCUGAGCAUAAGUUCGACAAGAUGCCUUAUCAACUACAGAAUAAGCUGAAGAGAACUAAAAAACGUGAUUGUUUGUCCAGGAAAUCUUCUGUCAAAAGUGCAUUGCCAACUUUGUUUAACUGCAGACAUGACAGAAAUUGCGUCACAAUAAGGACAAACUCGGCGCAAACUCGUAUUGCCAAGACAUCAAUCGCACCGGAGAAAAUGCUUUUAGCCGCAUGUACCAAUCGCGGAAGCCCGUGUGAACUGAAGUCAGAAUAAUUGUACGUCCACUCAAAUGUUAAUUAUUCAAUACUCGAUCAUGCAGCUAAAACAGGAAAGAAGAAAAAAAAUUCGUCUCCAAGGCGCACAUGUGCGGCCAAGGUAUACAUAAACACCGCACACUGUUUAAAACAAGUAUCCUUCUGACUAUAUUAAAUGAUUAACGAAGCAAUUUAUUCUUUCUUUAGACUGUCGACUUUCCGAAUGAAUAUUAUAAUCCUCCAACCAUGAUCACAACAUCAGAGCAUUAUACGGACUACUUCAAUGCCACUAUUGAGCUUAAAAAUAACGCUGUUCAGGAAUAUGUCAAGGUAAGAGGUUGAAAUUUUAAUUCCAGUUUGUUGAAUGUAACUGACGUGUUGUUUUAAAUCACCUAACUUAACGGGGCUGUGUCAGGGCCGUCUAGUUCAUUUUGUUGAUAUUUUCAAUUACACGUCUUGAUUAGCCUGCAAGCAAGCUCUCCGGAUCGCUCUGGCGGUGGGGCAGGAAAAGGAAGGAGAGCUUGCAACUACGUCUCUGGAACUUGAAUAUCUGCAACGAAAAAGUCCAUGCGAAAUGCUGAUUAGCGGUGAUGACAUUGGUAAUGACGUCAUUACCCUUGGCAAGUGUUUUUAAAUGUUUGUUUACAUUCGCGUUCGUUUACGCUUUGCGCUGAUUGGCGGAAAUCUGACAGCUCAGUAGACGGGAAGCCACAGGCCUAGGGGGAUUGGAUUGAAGGUGGAAUUCAAAUUCCAGAGACGUCGUUGCAAGCUCUCCUCUUUUUCCCACCCCGCCGCCAGAGAGCCCUGGAGAGCUUGCUCGCGGGCUAAUUACACGUCCUUUGUUGCUAUGGAACUGAGAAAUUUCUUGUGAAUGACAAAAUCAUAGCUUAGUGUCAAACAAAUGUCUCCCAAGUAUUAUUUCAAACUUGUCAAACAACAAAAAUAAAGUUUGAAAAACUUUUAGGCUAGCAAGUUUCAGUGUCAAAAAUCGAAAUUGUAAUCUGUUUCAAGCUUCAUGUUUGUCUAUCUAUGCGUUUGGUAUUUACUUUGUUACUUUUACCUUUUUUAACGCUUUGAGCGGCUACAUUUAUCUUUUACUCAGUUUUGGAAGUUCCAACUGCUUGAAUUUUGAUGAAUUUGGUUUGCUUGGCUCUCUUAAGGCAUCCAUUGGUUGCAUCUGAAAGGAAUUCUAUAAGUUUCAGUUAAUAUUAGAAUCUCUUUUUCCCAUGACAUUUUAAGGAUAUAUGUUGGUAGUUUCACCUUCCAUUGCAAUAUCGUCAUGCAUAAACAUCUUGUUUUUUCACUGAUUCACAACUUUCACUCGGAAAACUUGCAACAUUUUAAAAUAUUUGAACUGAUGACCAAAUCCUACGAAUCAUCUCAAGUUAGUACAGUGCAGGUUGUAGUGAUAUUUUUGUAGCUUUUCUUGAUAAAUCUUUUUGUAUUGACCAGAGUGUAUCCAAGACGAACUUUGAAGUCUGUCUGAAAGACAUCCAGAGAUAUGAUGCAACUCACGACCAAAUCACUGUCAAUUACUUAGCCAUGGGAUGUAAGUAUGCAGCAUGCAAAAAGGUAGCUAAAGGUCCACUGACAGAGACAUCAUUUCUCUUUUAUAAGCGUUCUUGAAACAUUUUGACUACCUUGUAAAGGUGACAUAAUAGCAUUGUAACGCUCAAUAAAGACUCGGAAAUGAAUUAAAAAAGUCAUUUCAUUAGCAAUUUGGAGCAACUGCCAUGCUAAAUACACGGUUAGUUUAUAUUAAAUGUCACCAUAAUGAUUCCCACUGAAUGAAGCCGAAGCUUUAACUUUCUUAACAAGCUGAUCUGAACAUUUAAUCUCGCUCUCAAUACAACUCUGAUUGGAGCUUUUAACUUGAGGUUUUUCACAAGCCAUUAUUUUUCUCUUUCAGAUUAUAACCCAUGCAUUGGCGUUACAUGUCCCUAUUACGCAGUAUGUCAACCAAUCAGUGAAACUAAAUACAACUGCACGUGCCAACCUUGCAAAUUUAAUGAAUCAGAACCACUCUGCGACAACAACGAUGUCACCCACCAAAGCAUCUGUAAAUACAAGUACAAAGUCUGUAUGGAUAAAGAAGAACCCGGGAUUAAACACUACGGAGGCUGCAAACGUAAGUAUUGGAUUUUAUCGAAUACAAAUUUGCAAAAUGCAUGUACAAACAACACAACAAAACUGCGCAUUAAGAAAGUAAUCCAAGUUAGGCUUCAAAAACAACAGCUUCUAACUGAAAUGAGAUCUAAAAACUGAGAUAUUAAGGUGUAGUUAAAUUAGCAGUGCUGAAGAGACAAGAAUUAUAGAUUGCGGCGCGAAUUUCAGAGCCCAGAGCAUAUCGUGGUAUAAGCUCCCAGAAGCACUAGAGCGGAGAUAAAACCAGAGAUUGCUGUAAGUUAGCACUAAAAUAGCUUUACGGCAUAGCAAUUUUUUUUGGCCUUGUUGAAAGUCGUCUGCUUUUAGACUGCAAAAUUAAUGGUCGGGUUUUUUCGUCAAGGCGCGCCCGUGGGAUAUUCCCGCGAAGUGCGAGGGCCUCACACAGUCUUUCACUUUGUUUUUACCAUCGCUCAAGCACUUUAAGUCGACCGCUUUGAUGUUCUUGACCUGCGCAAAAAUACAGACUGUUUUGCAGACUAUCUGCUUUCAUAAAGUAGGAGUACGUUAGAAUGUGCGCUGAAUUUUUUUCCUCAUGAUGGCUUUUGCAGCAUUCGUCAUUCAGCGAGGUCGUGUUGCCCUUCGUCUCGAUAAAGUCGAUGUCCAGUGCAGACUUGUCGAAUUCAAAGCGAGUUUCGACGCUAACCGAGGAUCAGUUCACUUACAAACAACCAUCAACUACUUCAAUUACACCGGGAGCUUCGUCCACGACGCCGCGGUAACCUGGGUCGAAAAUGUUAACAUCACUGCCUUUGAAGUGUGCGCACUUAAGGCAGGGAGAGCAGAACGCGUGACACCAGAUGGCGGAAUUACGUUUGUGGACUACAUCGCCUUUCAGGAAGCACCUGUUGACACAAUAGCUGCUAACAUUCCAAUGAAAAAUUGGUGGGAAGGAACUCAAUGCCAGAUGAUUCCUUUAUCGGUAAGCGUAUAUGGCAAAUGUGGUAUUAGCGUUCAGUUUUAAAAUUAGUGCAAAAGAGACAUUGUUGGAUAGUAAGUUAGCAAUUAUGAGCAUAGUAAGUGAAUCAGAUUUUUAUCGCUACUGAAAACUGGUGUGAGAACAAAGUUAGGAACUUUUCGUCCAAUGCAAAAGUAAUUCAUCACAAGCAGUUCUAAACUAAAAUCGAUAAAUGAAAUAACAAAUACUUUCCCGCUAUACAGCAUACAGGUUUUCCUUAGUAUGUGAUUAAAACGUGAAAACGAACGAUCAGAGAAAAUAUAUAUUGCGUAGAUUGCUCUUUAGCCAAAAAUCACUUUGUUGUUACAUAUGCGGUAAUGCAGAGCUGUUCGUUCAAAUGAAAGCAAAAGAAUUUCUUUCAAGUUUCGAACUUCUAAACAAAGAUUUCUCAUUUACUAAUUUUAAAUGCAUUCAAAUUUGAAUAAUUCCAGAAAACGUUCGAUGCCCCACCAUACGUAUUGGUUACAGCAGAGCACACAAAGGCAUUCUUAAAACACGACGCUGUCACAGUUUGGGUUGAAAAUAUCAAGACAAACGCAUUUACAGUGUGCUUAAGGGAACUGCAGAACUUUGAUGGACAGCAUAAAGACAUUAAAGUGGUAAGCUAAGGACCAUACACUUUUCGAUCCUUGUAGCCGAAGAAACAGAGAGGAGUGUGGUGUACAAUUUAACAAAUGUCAAAGGUUUGCAAAAGAGUAAAAAUAAUUCCCCAAUUUAAGCCCAAAGAAUGAUCAGCGUUGAACUCCUUGCUAUAUCUAUGCUAUAUGAAACAAGGUGGUAAUGAGAAUUAAGAACAUGAUCACAUGAGAUAAAUUAUACUGAUACCUUGAUAACUUCUCCCCACUACUUUUAUAGGAAAUGUAAAGGGGCAACAAAUUACUAUAAUUCAAAUUUUCAUAUUAGUGGAUGAAUGACCCAAACAAUGUCGCUUCCUUAAAACCAAUACUGAGGAGUGUUUUCAAAAGCCAAUGAAAAUAGAGGUUUUUUAGAGCUACCUGGCCACUAAAAGUAAUCGAGCACGUUGCUUAGCUUGUGUGAGACGUAAUCGAUUUCGCUUAGUCAGGUCAGGUUAUCGGCCACUCUCAUUUUCUCGCUGACAUUAACUCGUUCUUAGAGAGAUUAAGAUUUACGUUUACCUCAAACGGCUAACGUCAGACUCAUGUUGAGAAUUUCUCAGAAUAGAAAAUAAGCAGAUAAAAACAGCCCCGAACGAUUCCUAUGGUUAAAUCUGACAUAAACCUACUUAUUUUUGUGUAGAAGCAAUAAAGAGCAAACUGAAAAUAAGGGGAACACUUGGUCACGUGGUACAAAUUCACGUCUACCGCUUAGCGUACACGCGAAUCUUAAUCUUCCUCUUAACAAUUUUGUGUUUUACAGAACUGGAUUGCUUAUCGAAAACUACCAGAGACUCUCUUAUCCCAGCAACUUGAUCUGUAUUUCCCAAACAGUAGACUGCCCAGUCCUGACGAUCACAAGGCGUUUUGUCAGGUUGGUCCCCUUGAUUAAACUUACAGUCCACUUUCUUUGCAAGAAUUAAAUCUUCGCAACGAUGUUUUGACUGGAACGUUUGACCCCAGACAAAUACAAGGCCAGUCACCAUUAUUAAAUGAAAUCAUGGAACUGUUUACUGUGAUGUGCACAGUGGUUUUACUUUGUAGUUGUAGACAAAAAAAAGGUGUCGCGCGUGUGUGCGAGACAGCACACCAUGAGGUGAAAUCUAAACGUUCCUCGGAUGUAAGAUCGUAACAAUGCACAGUUGGUUGGCUUCGAUACGCCUGUGAUAUUUGACAUCAUCUUAAAUUACACGGGGAUGUCCUGGCUUGUAAGUGGAAGAGCAUUUUUUAACCCAUUGACUGUUCAAAUGUUUCUCCCGAUGAUAAGCCUUCACUGAGAAUACUUGAUUAAUAAAGUGCAAAGUCACCCCAUAGGUAGAUUAUAACAACGAAACUAGUUGCGUCUUCAACUGCGAUGAUCUUUUUUGUAUUUAUUUAAAACUAUUUCCCCUCGUUUUUUGGACUGAACAUCAGUUGCUUAUUUUUCAGACCUUUGGCUUUUCCAAAACGUACAGUUCAGCACCAACAGUGAUUGCAUCAGCAGCACACGCAGCGGGAGCGAAUCUAAUCAAUCCGCUCCACAACAGCAUUGCACCAUGGAUAGAGGUUAGUAAGAUCCGUUGUGUUAAAAUUUACUUUAGUCAACCCUGGAAUAAUUGCUAUUAGGAAGAAAAUACAUUGUAUCUCAAUGUACCAGUCGUUUUUGUUACUUUCAGUAAUAUUUUGCAAAUAACGAGUUAGAAAUCAGAGCUGAAGUCAUCAGAUUCUUUUGUAAAGAUUUUCGAAUGCCUUUUUGCUAAAUGUAUCUCAAUCUAUAUGCAAUUUUGCCCCAGAAUAAUAGCACUUGCAAACAAACGAUAAAAAAUUACAACAGACUUAAUGUGGGCGUGUGGUCGUGUCCCAUAAAGCUAUUCAUAAAUACGUGCUUGUUAAACUGAUUAAAUUCUUCAGUUAACAUGAGCUGUUAAAACCUCUAAGAAGACAGGAAAAAAGGAAAUGGAAACUCGUGUGAUACUUAUACCUUUUGUCGUUUUCUAUUUUGUUUUUAGCAAAUCAAUACAACCAACUGCCGUGUUUGUAUUAAAGAACUGACAAAUGAAAAUGGCUAUGACCCGGUGACUAUUAACAUGCUGGUUAUUGGUGAGUAGGCCUUGUCUUUCAAAAAAAAAAAAACUAUACUCAAGUGCUGUAAUGAUCGUUCAUCGCAAAAUUUAGUUUUUAAAUUGAUAGAAUUUAACACACUGAGCUUCGGGUCAGUGUAAUUAACUUUUUUACUUGUUAAAUUUUGCACAGGGACCCCAGGGAACAAAUGUGGCGGUGCAACCAAAAUCGGCGUUUCUAGUUCCCAGGUCAUCCCUGACAGCAAAAUGACCGCUUCGUCUCAACAAAGCGAUCUAACAAAGCCCAGUUACGGUCGACUAAAUGGUGUUCGAGGCAAUGGAUGGUGCGCAGGUACAUCUAGCAGCACGCAUGACUGGCUACAGGUGGAUCUUGGAAGAACAGUCAAAGUCUGUUCACUGUCCGCCCAGGGAGAAGUUAAUGGCAAUAGAUGGGUUACAGACUUCAAGCUGCGAUACUCAACAGAUGGAAUUUCAUGGAGAUAUUACAUGAAUGCAAAUGGAGCUCAAGUGGUGAGAUUCUUUAAUCUAAACAUUUUUGACUCCUUAUAUCGAAAUGCAAAUUUUCUUCCCGUCAAUAGCAGUAUUCGCCAUGUGCACAUCUCCCUCAACUCAAUACACCUUCUUUCUCCCUUAAAAUUUUCCAUAACGGUUCAUUUUUUAAAUUUCUUCUGGGUUUUAAAGUCGAGCCAAGUGAACUUGAAGACAAUUCUUUUGCGAAUGCAGAUGGCGGGUGAAUGACGUGGUUAUAGCAUCAAUGGAGAAAAAUCAACAAAAUUUAUCUUAUGUAAUGUCCUAAGUUCGCGUAUUGCUUUAAGAAUUUACUGAAAAUAUCUGACGCCUUCGGAAAUUUUGUAGCUUUAGUUGCCUGUAUUGUUUGCCUCAGACCGUUUUUUUAAUCAAGGCCACGGCUGCCCCGAAAACAUUAACCUUUAUAAAUAGACGUUGUAAAAAGUGGCAUCCCCGAUCUUCAAGAUUAUUAAUUUCAAUAUAAUCGUCACUGUUCAGUGACGGUUAAGUGACACGGUUUGCUUCGAAUACAUUCCUCUAACUGUCAAAUAUUUUCCACUAGCAUGCGUAGUAUAUAAUAUUAAGAGUAAAAAUAAUUCUCAAUCCAAAGUGGUGUCCAGUCAGUGACUCAGACUGCGAAAAUUUCUCAUCCUCUCAUUUCACACGUAUAGGAAUUUCACAGAGCAGCUGUGGCUAACAGUUCCAUGGUAACUGUCCACAAGCUACCAGUGGCAAUUACAGCAAGAUACCUUCGCUUUAAUCCGACCAGACAGCAAAACUGGAACUGUCUUAGAGUGGAAGUUUCUGGUUAG